AUGAGACUCACAUUGUUUCCGCACUUUGCAGCCAUUGUCAAAGCAUCUACCGUCUUUCAGCUUAAUUCAACGUCGUACUAUUCCCCGGAUCUUGUCGCAACAACUCUUGCUCCUAGCACCGAGUCAUGGUCCAAUACUCAAGCGGUGCCCAUCACCUACCUUUCUUUCACCGAACCUACCAUUACUGCGGAGUUAUUGGAAUCGACCAUUACUUCAUUUCUCUCCCGCGAUGACGUGUACGCAGAACCUUUUCUCUCCACACUGGUGCUUGGCGGUACGGGUACUCUGUCAGACGGCGCACAUACGUACGUUGCUUCGCUUGGGUGCAGGAAGAUUUAUAACGUGAUGCAUGUCGAUUUGAGUUCCGGUCCAUACUUGCUUCACCCGUCAAGUGCUGUUACUAGGGUCUAUCGACUGUAUUGGGAUCACAACUUCGCUUUCAUGGAGUCCGUCACUGAAGGUCCGAAUGGGACUUUCGUUCCUGUCGCAGGUUUGGCUUUGACAGAUGCCUAUGGAGCUCUUAGUAUCGCAGUGCCCUCUCGACUAUACUACCCAGCCCCCACAGUAGACAAACCCUUUUCGGGAAAACGCCCCGGAGUCAAAGAUAUCCACGACCUCAAGGGUGUUCGCACUAGUGGCGGGAACAGAGCGUAUCGAGACCUCGUCGACCCUGCCCCCGAGAGUGCGGCAGCGUUGCAGAAGCUGAUCGACAUGGGUGCUGUAGUGAUUGGGAAGACAAAGACCACCCAGUUUGCGCUUGGAGAGCGACCGACUGCGGAUUAUGUGGAUCAGCUAGCUCCUUUUAAUCCUAGAGGUGAUGGUUACCAGCAUCCUCAAGGGUCGUCGGCGGGUUCUGGAGCUGGACUUGCCUCAUACGAAUGGAUGGAUAUCGCAACUGCAUCGGACACAGGUGGAUCGGUUCGCCUACCAGCUAUGGCGAAUAGUCUCUUCGGUAUGCGUAUCACCAACGCUUCACUGUCGCUCAAUGGCAUUCUCCCGAUCUCGGCAGUUUUCGACACGCCGGGCGUAUUGGCUCGGUCAGCGCAGCUGCUAAAGGCCGUACAUAGAAGGUGGUUUCCGGCCAAGACAUAUACGUCUUACCCCAAGCGUAUCGUUUUACCCGACUUGUUCUGGCCCACGGUAAAUGGUACGAGCAUGCACAUCUUCAAUUCAUUCAUCUCCCAGCUCGCCACCUUCCUUGAUGCCAAAUUGACAACUUUCGACGCUAAUGUCAGUUUUAAUGCAUACGCGAACACCUCAGAGGGCCUAGCAACAUAUCUUGGCUCCACCUACUCUAAUAUUACCAACGUCGACCAAUACCGCGACCUAGGCCUACCCUUUAGAGAGCAGUACAUCGCCAAAUUCGGCAAAGCACCGUACUGGAACCCACAAACGCGAGCGCGAUGGAAUCGGGCUGCCAAUUUGCCAACCUCCAGUUAUACCACUGCUAUCGAGCGAACGAGGAAAUUUCAAUCCUGGUUUCGAGAAACGCUGACACCCACUUGUGAGUCCACGUUGGUGUUAUACCCUAUGGGGGCUGGAACGGAAGAUUACUGUGACAUAUACACUACUGCACCAGGCGGUAUCUUCGCUGCGGGGCUGCCUGGAAACCAGAUGUCUGUUUUGGCCGCGCUGCCCGACUAUACUGUUCCGAUCGGCGAGAGGACGUACUUCAGCAGGGUCACAGAGAGAAACGAGACGCUGCCUAUUACAAUUGGCGUGGUAGCUGCUGCAGGGUGCGAUCACAUGCUCAUGGAUUUGGUUGCUGAACUUGCAGAUGCGGGUAUUAUUCGUGGAGACGUGAAAACAGGCCCCAGCAUGUACUGA